GGGCGAGCGGCGGUAGGCGGUGAGUUUGUUUAUCGCCUUGGUGAACGGCGAGAGCAGUCAGUGCGCGGUGCUACGUUCGGUGUGCUACAUCCAGCGGUGGCGGUACGGGACGCGCUCGCGAUCGGGUGACUAUUUGUCGGGGCAGGAAAUUUGGCCGCGUCUUUUUGUCCUCUCUCUUUCUCUCUCUCUUUCUCUCUUUCUCUUAUUUACUCUUCGCCUUUCUCAUCCUCCUUUCGUUCGGACGAAUAAUUACGCGAGUGUAUCCGCUCACAUCGUUCUCUUCGUCCGUUUUUUCAACGCGCACGACGGCAGUCCGAUCGUCUUUCCGACGUCAAAGGGGAAGAAGCCUUAAACGUCCGUCGUGCCGGAGGAACAUGCCGUGGUUCACUGCCAAGAGAUAAUAGAAACCGCCCGCGAUUUUUCCGUGCGUGUGUCGUGUCGAUCCGGUGGUGACUCCUGGCAGCAAACUCGUUCUUCCCUCUUCCUCCGGAAACCUGUCAUCGAUUACGUGGAAGCGAGCGUGUUCGGUCACAUCGGGGUAAGACCAGCCCACCCGGACCUGACGUCUCUCGCCAACGACGACGACGACGACGACGACGACGACGACGACGACGACUCGCGGCGCAGUGCCGUCUCGUUUUCACUGUGAGACGACUUCAUCCGUCAGCAACGUUGUCCCUCAUUCUUGUUGCCGUUCCGGACCGCGUUUUCUCGAAGGAAGUGCAGCGCGGAUCCGAUGUUGAGACUCGCGAGUUCCGUCGAGCAUUGAAAUCGACUCGCGAAGAGUCACACGCGCAUUCCGCUCAAUCGUGAGAUUACGCGAAAAUUCCGUUGUGCAUAAUACGUAUCUUUUUAUCCGAGAUAUCGCGUCGAUCGCAACGUCGUGCGUUUUUCAGUGCCGGAAUAUACCGUCCCGGAUAAUCGUAGGACUCGUCGUCGUCAUUCGCAGUCGACGACAUGAUCUUCAGGGUGACGUUGUUGAUUGUGUGCACGCUGCUGGCUGGUGCGAGAUCUGAACCAAGACCGCGGUCGCGACCAGUGUCGAUCUAUUCGAAUCAGUUCGCCGUUUACGUACCCAGCGGAUCGGAGACUGCCGACGAGAUCGCCCAGGAACACGGCUUCGACAAUCAUGGACAGGUGAGUCGACGCCGUCGAGAAAAUGGACGAGCUCUCUCCCCCGGGGCCGUUCAACUCUGAAUACGCGUAAAUCUUACGUACACAUGUGAGAGCGAGCAGCUCGGUACGUACUAUCGACGCGUAUUUCUUUUAGAAUACGGCGCGAACCGACAGUUAAACUAUCUGGCAAUGUCUGGCUAUUCGCAGAUCAAGCGUAUGAAU